AUUACAACAGAAUCUUAACCAUCACCCAUUAUUUUGAAAAGACAUCUUUCCAGAGAAUAUAUCUUUACACAAAUACUUCCAUUCCACAUUUAGAUAAAUUGCGUGUGGAAACUAUUGUUGUGUGUAAAAGAGUGUGUGUGUAUAUUUUUCCAUUUCUACACAUCUCUUUUUUUUACUAAUAAAAAAAGAAAAACAAAAUUGCUUGUGUUUAGGUAUCGGCAAGGACGAGGAUUAAAGUAAUUUAUUGAUACAUUUUAUCUUGAGAAUAGCUAUUGUAUAGACAACGCCACUCCCAUGAUAAUUUCCAGCCAACAGCCAGCCGACCUGUCAUUUACCAAUUCGAAAGUUCAUGAAUUGUCACUUGAAAAUUUGAACGCUAAAAAUAAAAUCACUUCUGAUCAUUCACCAAUGACAUCAAUCAAUGGAGAACUAUCUCCGCCAUCACUUCAUAAAUCGCAUAAAUCAUCCACAAACACAAUUUCUCCAUCAAGUCCAACUUCAUUUAAGGUAACUCCGUCGGAAACCUCGGAGGACACAAAUGAAACAUCUCCUAGCUCAAUAGAUCAACCUACAGAAAAUAGAUAUCAACAAGAACACACUCUUGAAGCUGGAGAUUCUACCCAGAAAACCUUUCAAUAUAUUUUACACCAGGGAAACGCUAUUGACAAAACAAAGAACAAGGGUGAUACUUCGAACCAUAUGCAUGACCUAGACCCUCUUCAAACUAUUGAUACAAAAACAACUUACAAUACCCGUAUUAACAGUAUUCCUCAUUCUAAUGAUAUGAAUGCUGUGGAAAAUAAUACUGUUGCUGGUAGUGUUGAGAAAAAUCCAACUAGUCAUCCCUUUGCUAUACCUUCAUCGAUCGCCCUUUCUAACAAUAGAAGACACACUACUCCAAGUCAAGCAUUUGAAACAUCUACGAGUAAUGAACCUUCAAUUUCCGCAGCACAACAAGGUGCAAGAUAUUCAUUGGAUCAUACAUCCCGUCCCACAACAAAAAACACAUUCACUUCUACAGGACAACAAUUUGUAUUAAGAUCUCGUGCAAGAACUAGCAUUGAUAACUAUAGUAGACAGGAUUCUACAAACUCAGAACUCAAUAGAAUGAGAAAUUCAAUUGCUCUUCGUAGGAAUAUGAAAAGGAAAAGAAAGGAAUUUUUGGAAGAUGAAAAAGUUUUAGUUGGAAAUAAAAUUAGUGAAGGUCAUGAAAAUUUUGUGAUGGCCUAUAAUAUGUUAACUGGGAUUCGAGUAGCAGUUUCAAGAUGUUCUGGAAUAAUGAAAAAAUUAAAUGAUGAUGACUUUACUACCUCGAAAAAAUUAUCAUUCAAUAUGGAUGGUAGUGAAUUGACCCCUAGUUCCAAAUAUGAUUUUAAAUUUAAAGAUUAUUGUCCUGAAGUUUUCCGUGAAUUAAGAUCUCUUUUUGGGUUAGACCCAGCAGAUUAUUUGGUAUCAAUUACAGGAAAAUAUAUAUUGUCUGAAUUGGGGUCUCCAGGUAAAAGUGGGUCAUUUUUCUAUUAUUCAAGAGAUUAUCGCUUUAUUAUUAAAACUAUUCAUCAUGCUGAGCAUAAACAAUUACGCAAAAUCUUGAAGGAUUAUUAUGAACAUGUCAAAUCUAACCCUAAUACUUUGAUUUCUCAAUUUUAUGGUUUACAUCGAGUCAAGAUGCCAUUAAAGAAUGGAAGUAGGAAAGUUCAUUUUCUUGUAAUGAAUAACUUAUUCCCUCCUCAUAGAGACAUUCAUGUGAAGUAUGAUUUAAAAGGUUCUACAUGGGGUAGAAUUACUCAAAUUCCACCAAAUGAGUCUGAUCUUUCGCAGUAUACUCUCAAGGAUCUUAACUGGUUGGAAAGACAUGACACUAUUAAAUUUGGUCCUGCUAAACGGAAAUUAUUCUUUGAUCAAUUGGAAUCAGAUGUAAAAUUAUUAAAGAAGAUUAAUGUUAUGGACUAUUCCUUAUUAUUAGGAGUUCAUGAUGUUAAAAGGGGAAAUUCAGAAGAAAUGGCUCAAAGACUAUCUGUAUUUGAUCCAAAAUCUACCAAUAAAGUUGACUUGAUAUCAACAAACCCCAGAGAUAUUGAUCGAAUAAAUGAUCUACCUACAAAUGUGUUCCCUGGUAGAUCACAGUAUGUGUUUUACGGUCAUGAUGGAGGAAUUCGGUCGACUGCUGAAGAUGAUACACCAAUGAACGAGAUUUAUUAUCUUGGUAUCAUUGACUGUUUAACUAACUAUUCUGUGAAAAAGAAACUUGAGACAUUUUGGAGAUCUCUAAGUCAUCCAAGAAGUACUAUAUCUGCACUCCCUGCAAAGGAAUACGGAGACCGGUUUUUGAAAUUUAUGAAAGCUGGAGUAUCCUUUUCCAAGAAAAAGAAGGAUUAAAGUUCUCUAGUGGAAAAUGAUGUGUAAGCCCUAUGAAUCAAAUUGUUGAAAGAAAAACUGAUGAGAUUAUAUAGCUUACAAGUAUAUAUACAAUGUAUAAUUAGCUCC